AAAAAAAAAAAAAAAAAAACAGGAAACCAAGUGUGAGGUCCAUAUUUAAAGCAUGAAACUGCCAUUCCUUGUUCUUUGUUUGAUCGUUGAAACUCGAAUGUGUCUUUUCAAUAGCCACCAACAGACCGGAGACGCAUUUCAUUGCUGGCAUGGCUUCUUCCAAGAAAUGGGCGACCACCAUAUCUCGGACUGCCUCUUCUCUAUAUUUUCUUCUCAUUUUCACCCAAGUUCCUCUUUUCAGGGUUCCAUGCAGAGGAUCAUCAUUGUCGUCGUCGUCGCCAUCGUGCACGACGCCACUAGAAUUGACAUGUUCUCAGCUGCUAUCAAGCCAGGUCUUUCCUGCACCUGUCGUGGAGCUACUCCUCUAUCCAGGAGCCAUUGCAAAGGCCAUAUUUAAGAACAAACCCAUUCCGGAAUUCAGAAGUUUGCCAAAGAUAUACAAGUUUAUCCGCAUGAAAGCACCACCAGCUUCUCCAUUCACGUCGGAUCUCCACCGCCUGGAGGUUAUUGCUGGGAGUUAUUUGGCGGUGGGAGGAGCUAUGAUGGGGAUGGUUAGGCCUGGGAGUGGGCGGAUGAGUCUGUUUGGUUGCCUUGUUGCUAUGUGGGGUAUUGUUUGGAGGAAAUCUUCGUAUUACAAUCAUAAUAAGCAAUAUAGCCGUGUCUAUCCCACCAUGUUUCUUGCUGUGCUUUUGGCUUUCCUGUCUGUUAGGAAGGAUGUGAGGAGGAUAGUUCGCUGUGUCAAAGCUCAAGGCAACCCUUCAUGGAAGAAGAAGUCCAAACGCAGAUGAAUCCUCAAGGUUUCACGGGAAUGGCACACUCACAAUUCUUUGUUUUCCUGCCCGAUUCAUGUCUAUUUAAUCUUUAAACUUUUACCAGCACGGUUCUAAACAAAUUCAAAAGUUAUGUAAGAUAUAAAUUAGAAUUUAUUCUAAAUGUAAUCCUAUAUAUCUAGUAGAAUUG